GCGCUGGUCGGCCCGAGCGGCUCCGGCAAGAGCACGAUCGUCGCGCUGCUGCAGCGCUUCUAUGACCCUCAGGCGGGCGCCGUCCUGCUCGACGGCCGUGACAUCCGCACGCUCAAUCUGCGCUGGCUCCGCUCGCAGCUCGGGCUGGUGGGGCAGGAGCCGAUCCUCUUCCAGGGCAGCGUAGCGGAAAACAUCCGGUACGGCAAGCAGGGGGCGUCGCAGGAGGAGGUGGAGGAGGCGGCGCGGCAGGCGAACGCGCACGGCUUCAUCACAGCCGAUCUCAGCGAGGGCUACGACACGCAGGUAGGACAGAGCGGCUCCAAGCUUUCCGGGGGACAGAAGCAGCGGGUGGCCAUCGCGCGAGCGAUUAUUAAGCAGCCGGCGGUGUUGCUGCUCGACGAGGCGACGUCGGCGCUCGACAACAAGAGCGAGAAGGUGGUGCAGGCGGCGCUCGAUCACGUCAUGCAGGCGCUGCAUACCACGAGCGUCGUCAUCGCGCAUCGCCUUUCGACCAUCCGCGGCGCCGACAAGAUUGCCGUCAUCUGCAAAGGCGCCGUGGUCGAGCAAGGCACCUACGAUGAGCUCCUGGCGAUUGGCGAGGGCGGCCUUUUCCACGGUCUGGCCGCUAAGCAGGAGAAGGACAGCGGAGAGGACAGGCUGGUCGAGGCGUCGCUUUCCACCUCGAGGCGUCCUGCUCGGCCGACGAGGAAAAAAGCCCUCGACGCCGCCGGCGAGGCGGGCGCGGCGCAAACGCACACCACGGCGACGGAUGCACAGCCGUCGGCAGAAGAUGAAGCAGCGGGCGUGCUCGAGGCCAAGGAGAGGCCGGCGAGCGCCGUGAAGCGCCUGAUCAGCCUCUACUCGCGCCGCAACAAGAUGAGGCUCGCUUUUGGGUUCGUCGCAUCCGCACUGUGCGGGUGUGCUGCCGGGUUUAUGGGGGCUGUGCUCACGCACGCGACCUUCCCCUUCCGCGACGAGUACGACCCCGACGCCCUCGAGUCGAUAGUCGUGUUUUGGGGCGUGCUCGCCAUAAGCCUCGGCGCAUUCAUUCACAUUUUCGAGACGCUGUACAAGACCCAGUUCGCGGUUUCGGGGGAGGCCUUAACCAGACGCCUGCGCGUGCUGACGUUGCAAAAGCUGCUGCGUCAGGACAUGGGCUAUUUUGAUGAGGACAGCAAUUCGGUUGGUGCGCUCACCGCCUUCCUCGCAUCCCGCGUUUCUCUGGUGCAGGGCGUCGUGCAGGAUAACCUGCAGGGCCUCAUCGUGCUGAUUGCCACCCUUUUCACUGCAGUCGGCGUUUCGGUGUCGGACCUUGGCGAGUGGCGCGUACUUCUCAUUUUUAUCGGCGGCUACUUGCCGUUCAUCGUCUUUCUCGUCGUCGGGCAGGUGAUCACCGGGUCGCAGGAGGAGCGGCACAAGGCGCAGGGCGCCGAUGGCGACGAGAGCGAGGGAUCGCGCACCGCAGGUGCUCUCGUGGGCGAGGUGGUUGGCGCAAUCAAGACCGUCGCGUCCUUCAACGCCGAGGAGCGAGUGCUGGAGAGAUACUCUGCAGCCGUCGCCGAGGAGCGCCGGCGCGUGACGGGCUGGCGCAUGUACGUCGGCAGUAUGUGCAUGGCGAUUGGCCAGGCUGGCGCCGUUGCGAUAUUUGGGGUUGUGCUAUACUACGCCUUUUGGGUCAUCGAGAACAACGCUGAGAGCCUCUUCACGGGCAAUGACAGCUGCCCCAUCCCGUCGAUCGACAUUGGCAGGAUGUUUGUGCCGAUGUUCUCCAUCGUCGGCUUCCUUCUCGCCAUCGGCUCGAACGCCGCGGUCGCCAUAGACGCCAAGGCGGGCAAGGACGCGGCAACGCAGCUGUUUGCACGCAUUGAGCGCGUCUCACUCCGCGAUCCUUCUUCGCCAGACGGCGAGCGGUUGGACGAGGUUCGCGGUGCGAUUGAGGUGCGCGACGUGCGCUUCGCGUACCCGACUCGGCCAGACUUGUGGGUGUGCCGCGGCUACUCCCUGCAGAUCGCGGCGGGCACGUCGUGUGCGCUGGUCGGCCCGAGCGGCUCCGGCAAGAGCACGAUCGUCGCGCUGCUGCAGCGCUUCUAUGACCCUCAGGCGGGCGCCGUCCUGCUCGACGGCCGUGACAUCCGCACGCUCAAUCUGCGCUGGCUCCGCUCGCAGCUCGGGCUGGUGGGGCAGGAGCCGAUCCUCUUCCAGGGCAGCGUAGCGGAAAACAUCCGGUACGGCAAGCAGGGGGCGUCGCAGGAGGAGGUGGAGGAGGCGGCGCGGCAGGCGAACGCGCACGGCUUCAUCACAGCCGAUCUCAGCGAGGGCUACGACACGCAGGUGGGACUGCGGGGAGGGCACCUCUCGGGCGGUCAGAAGCAGCGGGUGGCCAUCGCGCGAGCGAUUGUGCGCAAACCGGCCAUCAUGCUGCUCGACGAGGCGACGUCGGCGCUUGACAAUGAGAGCGAGAAGGUGGUGCAGGCGGCACUGGACGCAUUGACGGCCCGCAGUGCGGAGGGACUGCGCCAGACGACGAUCACCAUCGCGCAUCGCCUUUCGACCAUCCGC